GAAGGAGCAAAUAUCCAUCUCUUCAUGGACGGCUCCAAAAACCCGAAGAAACCGGGCGACGACGCCUGGUCCGUUGUGAUCGUAGGUGACGGCAACCACGGCUUCAGCUUCCAGGGAGCCACCAUAGGGAAGCACAAGAGCGGCACCGACAUCGCCCUCAAGGACAACGCCGAGCACGAGACCACCUCCACGACCGUCGCGAACACAGCCCUUAUAUUGGCCUUCGCCUGGGUGAUACACUACAACCCCCACCACAUCACCACGAUAUCCACGGACUCGCUCGGCGCCCUGCAGCUCGCGAAGAGGCUCGCCAUCGCCGACCACGACCCCAAGCUCGUCAGGACACUCUGCAUCCUCUACGACAUGGUCAGCAACAAGAUCGACUUGCAGCACGGCUAUGCCCGCGACUACAACCCGUGGAACGAGUUCCUGAUCGACGCGGGUCCCACUUCCAGGGGGGCGCACCCCGUAUUCGGACACGGCAGCCUCACAGCUAACAGGGUCGAGGCGACCGCCGAUGCCCGACACAUUCACACCCCCACCGAGUCCAGCGACAAGAAGAUUCAAAUUGAAAUAAACAUCGCGACCUUCAACAUCCAGUCGGGGAGAGAGCCAAGGGAAGGAUCGAAGCGUCGAACAGAGAAGAGCAAUAAGUUGAAGUCCACGAUGGCCUGCCUGUGCGACGAGGACCUCCAUAUCACCGGCAUCCAGGAGGCAGGGGCGCCUUGGGGCGUCCGCGACGCAGGACAAGACGACGGCGCCAGAUGCGCCAGCGCCAACUGCUACCACAUCAUCUCCAGCGGUCACAAAGGGUUCAACUACGGCUGCGAACUGCACGUUCUACUCAGCAGGCCCUACGGCAAGAGCGGUACAAGGGAGCUCUACCUCAAACCUGACCAGUUCACAGUCAUCGCCAAGGAAAGCAGGCUCCUUAUCGUCCGCGUUGCCGCCCCUGGCUUCAACCACGUGCUUGCCGUCGCCCGCGCCCCGCACUCGAAGGCCCUCGCGACCGAGAAGGAUCGCUGCUGGAAGAAACUCGCGGAGACCACCGAAAGGCACCAAGCGAGCAUCACCUUCUUCGACGCAAAUGCCAGGACAGGCAGCAUCACCAGCACGGCCACCUGCGACAAGGGCUUCAAGCAAAACGAGGACCCACACGGACACCGCCUACAUGAACUUCUCCUGACCAACCACCUGGCCGCCGCCAACACCUUCGUCAGCCAUGGGCCAGAGCACUACACAUGGAACUCGGGCAAGGACCCUCAUCGCAACGACUACGCCAUCAUCCCCAAGGGCUACAUCGACUCUAUCGAAGAGUGCGCCGUGCUCUACGGCAUAGACAGCGGCCAGGGCCCAGAGACCAAGGACGACCACUACCCAGUCAAGCUGCAGCUUGCCUACCAGAUCGUCUCGUCCGUCACCAAAGGAGCCCCGAAGUUAGACAAGAGCAAGCUAGCCGACGAAGGAUGCCGCAAAAAGUUUAGCCAAAAACCCGACGAGGUCAAACACCCGCCCUGGGACACCAACCUCAACGAGCACCUCGCCAUAGUCACCGAGCAGAUCACGGAGGCUGCGCACGAGUGCUUCCGCUCCCACAGCCGCACUCCACACAAGCCCUACAUCACCAAGCUACGCUACACGGCCAAGCUCAUGGCGAAGGAAGCUCUCCUGCCCGACCCCGCCGACGUGAGUGCCCUGGCCGAUCUCAGCGACUACGCGAAACUUGUGGUGGCCUCCAUCAUUUUCAGCACUCCCAGCCUAGCGACCCCUGUCGUGGAACCCAACGAAGUCAACACCGUGCACAGCGCCCAGCACUACUUUGACGCCCUCGUUCAAUUCCUCUACCCGAGCCCCUAG